CCUGGCUCAGCGCUUGAUCGUGCUUUCCUAACCAUUCCCUACCAGGACUUAUAGCCUGAGAAUACCCUGUCCUAACAAUUCUUUUUUUUUUACCCUUGACCCAGACUGUUUGGAGUUGCCUGACUGACAAGGUGUACGUACAAUUUGCUGUCCCCUUUCCCCCUCCCCGCAUUGUCACGCUUCAUCAUCUGACUGGCUACCAAUACUUCACUUGAACUAUUCUUUGUCAAUCUCCUUCCCCUCAUUUCCUCUCCCUGCUUUUUCUCGUCCACGUCGGCUUCUAUUCUCGUAUCCCCUGUUACUCCUCUUCCCCUCUUUUCGAGUCUCUCGUGUAGUAUUCUUCAUAUACUACCGUAUCCUUCGCUGGUAAGCUUCUUAUUGAUCCUUUCUAUCUCCUCCCUAUCGUACGUCAUCUGUUGGAAUCGACAUCCGCACGAUUUCCUUUCUGUCGCAUUUGCGUAACAUCCAUCUCAUGAUUACCUCUACCACCGGUCAGUGGAUGGUCACACACGUUCUGACCUACUGUAAAUCAUCCCUGUGAUCAGAAUGGCUUCUCCGGCUACCAAGGAACCCCAGCCCGCGAUGGACUUUCUACAUCACCCUUAUACCCGCGCCGCCCUCCCUUUCAUUAACGGCGGCAUGGCGGGCAUGACAGCAACAACUGUAAUUCAGCCAAUCGAUAUGAUCAAGGUGCGCCUUCAGUUGGCUGGGGAGGGUGUUCGUACUGGGCCUCGCCCGACCGCUUUCGGCGUUGCGCGCGACAUCAUUGCUGGCGGAAAGAUACUUGAUCUCUACACAGGCCUGUCAGCAGGCUUACUCCGCCAGGCUGUCUACACGACCGCCCGUCUGGGCUUCUUCGAUACUUUCAGCAAGAUGCUCCACAAGCGCGCUGACACCGCGAACAGAAAGGUCACUUUUGCGGAGCGUGCCGGUGCGGGCUUGACUGCUGGUGGCAUUGCUGCUAUGAUUGGCAAUCCAGCUGAUCUGGCUCUUGUUCGCAUGCAAUCUGAUGGCCUUAAGCCUCCAGAGGCGCGAGCACACUACCGUUCGGUGGUGGAUGCGCUGUUCCGCAUUUCGAAGAAUGAGGGUAUUGCAGCCUUGUGGUCGGGUGCUUUGCCGACCGUAGUGCGGGCAAUGGCUCUCAAUGUCGGCCAACUGACUUUCUUCGCGGAAUCUAAGGCUCAGCUGAAAUCUCACACAUCCCUAUCCACCCAGAGCCAGACCUUCGCUGCUUCUGCCAUUGCUGGAUUCUUUGCCAGCUUCCUCUCUUUGCCCUUCGAUUUUAUCAAGACCCGUCUGCAGAAGCAGCAGAAAGAUCCUAAGACCGGCCAGUUGCCGUACAAGGGUGUGCUGGAUUGUGCUCGUAAAGUUGCCAAGGAUGAGGGUUGGUUGAGGUUUUACCGCGGAUUCGGAACGUACUAUGUGCGGAUCGCACCCCAUGCCAUGGUCACGCUUAUUGUGGCGGAUUAUCUCAACCUCCUGACCAAAUAAGUGAUUAAACACUCAUUGAUCGGAUGACGAUUACAAGGAAUCUCUCGGCUUAAAGAAAGAAGCGCAUUGACUUAAGUGAACUGUGUCAGCCUUUUAUGACUGAAUCGCCGAUCUUCCUAUGCUUUUUGGUCUCGUGGACGUUUGCUUCCUGUUCACUCUCUGAGAAAUGCGGUGUCCAGAAUACGAUGUGACCGCGGCAAAAUCAUUCCGGUUUCAAUGGUUCUAGAAAUUCAUGCUAUAGAACACCCCACCGUUCGGCCAGUUGCGGUGAUGGAAAUUUCUAGCGAGCUGACCAUCGGAUAUGCGUUGAGAAUAUCAGCAUGUUGUAAGGAACAAUGCGUCUGUCCCACCACAUCUCCGAGGCAGAACAAUAUCCCUUCCCUUUGGAAAAUACCCCUGUUCGUGCGGUCUUACUUUUUUCCCCCUGGUGUUAGUAUUGUUUACAGUGGGUGUAAUGGAGUUUCUUUUACUUAGUUUGUUGUCUCAUUCCCAUCAGGACUAAUACAGGCUCGAGGCACAUGAAGAGGACAUGGCCUUGACUUUCCCUUUCACGGCUUGAGUGUUGCAUGUACUCCGAGAGGCAGUUUCCAUACCCCGAUUUCGAGGCAUGCUUUAGUAUGGGUUAAACAAUGAAUUGAUUUGCAGAAAA